AUGGAUUCCACAGAGUUAUUGACCCUCGUAAUUCGCGAGGCCGCGAAAAACAGCACCACUGCCGCCAAACCGUUUCGUUGCAAGGUUGGAGUAUGUCCCCUAUCAAUGGCCAUUGUCAAUUAUCAGCCGACGUUUGCCGGCAACACAAUCUAUGGUGUCUGUUUCAUCAUACUGCUUUUCAUACAACUCUUUUUCGGCAUUCGGAAGAAGACAUGGACCUACAUGAGUGCUGUCUGCCUGGGUAUUUUUGGUGAAAUUGUUGGAUAUGGCGGACGUUUGAUGCUGCAUGACAACCCCUUCGACAUGAACAACUUUCUUAUUUAUCUGGUUCCCCUCACAGUUGCCCCUGCUCUUCUGACGGGUGGCAUUUAUCUUUGCCUCAGCCGAGUCAUCGUGACCGUUGGCGCCGACUAUUCCCGCAUAAAGCCGAAGAUGUACACCUACAUAUUUGUUGGUUGCGACCUGUUGUCUCUAAUUCUACAGUCUAUCGGCGGUGCCAUUGCCUCAAUGGCAAACAAUACCAACAGCAGAGACCUGGGCGUCCACAUCAUGAUUGCUGGUCUGAUAUCCCAGAUCAUCUCCAUGAUCAUCUUCUUCGUCCUUUGGGGUGACUUCGCCUUCCGAGUAAAAAAGGCGAAGAACGCUGGAAACCUCACCGGGCAGGCCCCUCUGUACGGAAGCCUUCGAGCUGACCCAAGCUUUCGCUGGUUCCAAUGGAGCCUCUUCGCGGCGACUUUGCUCAUCUUCAUUCGAAGUGUGUACCGUGUCGCUGAGCUUUGGGGUGGAUUUCAAAGUCACCUUGCCAACGACGAGGUCACCUUCAUGAUCUUCGAAGGACCGCUGAUUAUUAUUGCUGUUAUGAUGAUGACUGCAUUCCACCCAGGGCGGAUUUUCGACGAUCUAUGGGUGUCCGCGGGCAAGGGUUAUCGCUUUACCAAGCACGGCGAUACUGGUGCUGAUGAUAAGAUUGAGUUGAUCGAACGCCAGUGGCAAUGA